GAUCUUCAACGAGCGCGACAACACCCGAUAGACGAUGACAUCGACCAUCUUCGUGCGCAACUUGGCGUAUGGAACGACCCAGCAGCAGCUCGAAGAGCUCUUCGGAGACAUUGGCCCUGUGAAGAAGGUGUCUGUCAUCAAGGACAAGGGCCGCGCCAAGACAGACAUGACCACGCGUGGGUUUGCGUUUGUGAAAUUUGCGAUGGAAGCGGACGCGAAGCUCGCGAUGGAAAAGCUCAACAACUCAGAUUACGGCGGCCGAAAAUUGUGCAUUGACCUAGCCAAAGAAAAGAAAGGACCCAAGCCGCUGGCACACCAAAAGCCGCCGGUCGUGGACGUCUCCGCCACUCACGACAUCUCAAACGACAUCGAAGCCGCACCCGAUGAUGCCGACGAGCAUGCCACGUCGGAGAAGAAGGCGAAAAAGGCUAGGUCAAAAUCCGACGAUGUCCAAGUAGCUCAAGAUCAUGUUCACGACACAUCGUCGGUCUCCGAAGUGACGUCGAAGAAGGAAAAACGAAAGGCCAAAAAACAAAAGAGGGAAGCCGACGAUGCCCUCGCGACGGACGCAGCUGGUGACGCGAUCGAAGAGGUCGAAGAAGCGCCUGCUAAAAAGGAGAAGCAGAAAAAGGAAGCAAAGACGGCAAAAGAAAAUGUACGAGAAAACACCGACGCCUCUCUCGCUCCGACCUCCAAAAAGCGCAAGUUGGACGUCCAAGUCGACGACGAUGCAGCCAAAUUGGAAAAAGCGCCACAAGUGGCGGAGGGCCAUGUGCAGAGCGAGCGAAACGCUCGUCGACGCGAGCACCGCGAACUGCUUCGCAAGAUGAAGGAGCGCCAGGAAGCCAGUGCCACAGUCGAGGAAAAGUCGGUGGCGAUUUACGGGUUGGGGCCCGAGGUUACGGAAAAAGCGCUCAAAAUCAAGUCGGCAAAUACUUUCAACUGGCGAAUGCAGGACCAACGAUCUCGCUUCUGGUGUGUAGAAUGAAGAAGAUCGGAGAAGCCAUCAAUAUCGAGUGGAAGGAAGACAUCGUAAACGGCAAGACGCAGCACGUGGCGUACGUCGAGUGGGCGAACGUCGCGACCAAGACCAAGGCCCUCGAAAAACUCGACCAGCACGUGUUCAAGGGCUUUACCAUGACUGCUCGCGGGUACUUGCAUCUCCCUGGCGACAAAACACGUGAUGCAAAUUGUUUCGGACGGCAGGCUCGAAUCCACCACGACAGGACUCGCUCAGAAAGACGGCGUCCGCUUGAUUGUACGCAACUUGCAAUUCGACGUCAAAGACGCCGACUUGGAAAAGGUGUUUGGGAAGCAUGGUCCGUUGGCCGAAGUCCGCGUCGUUCGGAUGCCCGUCGACGCGUCGGUGGUCCCCGACGCUGGUAAAGUUGUCCUCGGCCGAAGUCGUGGCUUUGGAUUUGUCCAGUUCAAGAACAAAGUCGAUGCCCAACACGCCAUUGAGACACUCAACAGCACCAAGCUGAAGGGGCGUGAGAUCGUUGUCGAUUACGCCGUGGCGAAAUCGGAAUACGUCAAAGCGCAGGCCGCGCAAACCGACUCCGCUCCGGCCACUGAAGCCGGUGAAAAGGACGCCGAAGAAAGUGAUGACGAAGAAGGCGACAACGACGAGGCGGGUGGGGAGGCCCCCGACCUCGACCAAGAUGAAAACACACUCGAAAUGGACGACGACGACGAUGACGACAUCGACGCACUGCUCGACGCGAAAGAGGAAGAGGAAGAGGACGAUGCCAAUGCCUCGACUGGCCCCAAACUCGACACGGACAGCCAACGCGAACGCACCGUCUUCAUUCGCAACUUAUCCUUUCAGACAACGGAAGACGGGCUCGCGGAAGCGUUCAAGACUCAAUUUGGCCCUGUCGAAUAUGCCCGCGUCGUCAUGGAUCGAGGGUCAGGCUUAUCCAAGGGUAAGCCACGCGACGAAGAUUGCGUGUGGGAAAAUGACAUGGUGAUGGAUGCCGGUUCAUCUGCAAUAGGUGUGGCGUUUGUGCGUUUCCGGUCCAAGGACGACGCUGACGCUGCGAUUGCCCGCGGCUCCGUCCCCACCGUCGAUCAACCCGCCAAGAAGAAGCGUGACAACAACGUGUCGGGCGGGCUCUUCAACAGUGCAAUGCUGGACGGCGAUGGGAUUUACGUCGACGGCCGGCUGCUGUCGGUGACUCGGGCCGUUGCCAAGCACGACGCGGACCGGUUGACUGAAGAAAACAGCGCCAAGCGCAAGGCCGUCGACAAGCGCAAUAUGUACUUGGCGUACGAAGGCACAAUCAACGUGAACAAGGCGGCCGAGUCCGAGCUGGCGCUGCCCAAGAUGGACAUUGAAAAACGCCGACGCGCGAUCAAGGAGAAGAAGGAAAAACUCAAGAAUCCGCUCUUUUUCAUCUCACCGACGCGACUGUCCGUGCGCAAUGUGGCGCUGGGGGUGGACGAAAAGACGCUCAAGACGGUGUUCCGCGAAGCUGCCAUUGCCGGACUCCAGGAGCAUCUGGUCAACAUGAACGAGGUCAAGGCCGAGUAUCAACUGAAGAAAGGCCUGCCCGUCAAGAUCAUCCUGUGCAAGAUCGUGCGUGACACGGAGAAUUUAAAGGCGGGCGAAGACCCGCGCUCUCGAGGGUACGGCUUUGUCGAGUUCAGUCAGCACGUGCACGCGUUGGCCGCGCUGCGCAAACUCAACAACAACCCGGCCUACACAGAGUACUCUGGCCGCGGCGUGAAGCCCGCGCGCGGCACGGCGGACAAGGACAAAACGCGACUGAUCGUUGAGUUUGCGCUGGAAAACCACGGCAAACUCAAGCUCCGUGAGAAACGCAUGAAUGAUGCCAAGAAACGGCGGGACGAAGAGCUGAUGCUACGCAAGGCCCAGGGCGAAGUCAUCGAAAAGGUCGAACGCAAGAGUCGUGGCAAGCGCCAGCGCGAAGCCAAGGCACGCCGGGCGAACGAACCUGCGGCUACGAGGUACGAAAGCAUCGCUCCUUCCUUUCGUGGAACGGCAGGACUCGAUGGUCACGUUUUCAAAUUGCAGCGUCGAGCCGGCGGCCAAGAAACCCAAAACUGCGCAGGCACCCCAAGCCAAACCGCAGUCUGCCAUCAACAACGCCAAGCACAAGAAGAACCCUGCGAAAAAGGUGGCGCCAGCCGCUGCCGGCCUUGUCUCGCGCAAGGAGCGCAAGGGCUCGCGUGCGAAGAAGGAGGAAAAGUCGUUCGAAGACAUGGUCGACAGUUACAAGAAGAAACUGUUUGCAACCGUCGAGGACAGCGAGUCCCGUGGCCGGUGGUUUGACUAGACUGCCUUUCGAACUAUUUUACCAAAACAAAUUUUGCACGUUUGCGAGGAA